GUUUGAGCGAGGCCAAGAGGACAGCUUCAUUAUGGAGAUCGCUGAUAUUGCACCCCUCAGGAAGAUGAGGAUCCGGACGGAUGGGAAGGGGACUCGCCCCCACUGGUUCUUAGAAAGGAUCAUCCUGAAGAACCUGACUAAUCAAGAAGUGGCCACGUUUACUUAUGGUGAAUGGCUGUCAAAGCUAAAAAAUGCCAAGGGAAGUCUUGUGUGUGAGAUGCCAGCUGUCAUAAAUGAUGAGCAAAUGAUGGAGGACACAACCUACACUCUUCAGGUUAAAACUAGUGAUAUUGGAGGAGCAGGCACCGACGCCAACGUGUCCUUGAUCCUGUUUGGGGAGAACGGGGACAGCGGGACUCUUGCUCUGAAGGAGUCCAACAAGUCUAACAAGUUUGAGAGGAACCAGAUGGAUGAAUUCAACUUCUCGGACAUGCUGAGCUUGGGAGAUCUCUGCAAAGUGAGGAUCUGGCACGACAACAAAGGAAUUGCACCAGGUUGGCACUUGGAAUAUAUUGAUGUGACAGACUCUGCCAUGGACAAGACAUUUCGCUUCCAGUGUGAUCGCUGGCUGGCUAAAGGUGAAGAUGAUGGGCAGCUCAUAAGGGAACUGGCUUGUGCCAAUAAUGAUAUCCUGGAACUGAAGGAGAGAACUGCCUAUGAGAUUGUCACAGUAACAAGCGACAGAGAGGAUGCAGAAACAAAGGAAAACAUCUGGAUCAUCUUAGAAGGAAAGAUGGGCCGCUCGAAAGAAUUCCUUAUGGAAAACUCCUCCAAGAAAAGGAGAUUUGAAAGGGGAGCAACAGACACAUUUCAGUUCUCUUCAAAGAACGUUGGUGAUAUUGCAGCCAUCUGUGUUGGUCACUGUCCAAAAGAUGGGAAGAAGUCAUCUGCAAAAGCUGAUGUCUUCUGGCAUGUCCAAGAGAUCAUCGUAACGGAGAUGGAGCUUUGCAACAAAUACUUCUUCAGGUGCAAUGUGAAAAUCCCUUUGCGCUACAAGAGACGGGACUACAAAGUCUUUGAGUGUGCCAAGGUCAUCGAGAGCUUUGCCAGCAAAGCCCGGAGCUUGGUGCCAGUCAAAUACGAGACCAUUGUGGUCACAGGCUUUGAAAAGGGUGCGGGGACCGACGCCAACGUGUUCAUCACCAUCUUUGGGUUGAAUGGGGACUCGGGAAAGAGGGCGCUGAAGCAGAAGUUCCGGAACCUCUUCGAGCGGGGCAAAACCAACAGGUUUUACCUGGAAACGUUGGACAUGGGGGAGCUGAGGAAAGUCCGGAUUGAGCAUGACAACAGCGGUCUGGCGCCAGGCUGGCUGGUGGAGAGGGUGGAGAUCACCAACUCGGCGACCGGCGUGACCACCAUCUUUCCCUGCGGGAAGUGGCUGGAUGAAAACCGAGGCGAUGGGUUGAUCUGGAGGGAGCUUUUUCCUAGGUACUGA